CGUGAAACGUGAGUGUUGGUCUUCGCUAUCCGUACGAGUCUUGUGCAUUUUCCCAUACGGUGUCCUAGCAGUUCCUUGACGGCGUCAAAAUGAAUAUUUUAUUUAUCCUCCCGUUACUAUUGCCUCUCAGCUAUUGUGAAUUCGCGUUGAACGAUACAAAAUUCGAAGGAAACCCUUACAAAAAACAUCUGUUCGAUGACCUUCUGAGCAACUACAAUCGGCUGAUCAGACCAGUCCAAAACCAUUCGGAGAACUUGACCGUUUGGAUGGGCUUAAAACUCACUCAGCUAACCGAAAUGAAUCUCAAAAGUCAAGUGAUGACAACGAGUGUGUGGUUGAUCCAGAAAUGGUUUGACUGCAAUUUGAAAUGGGAUCCCAAAGACUAUGGUGGCUUAGACAAGUUAUACGUGCCAUCGGAUCAUAUUUGGUUGCCCGACAUAGUUUUGUUCAACAAUGCCGACGGGAACUACGAAGUAACCUUGAUGACAAAAGCUGUGCUCAAGUAUACCGGUGAAGUAUUAUGGUCACCUCCGGCCAUCUACAAAUCAUACUGCGAGAUCAACGUUCUGUACUUUCCGUUUGACGAACAGAACUGUUAUAUGAUGUUCGGUUCGUGGACGUACAACGGAAAUCAGGUAGACUUGAGGCACAUCGACCAAUCGCAGGGUAGAAACCGCGUGGACGUUGGCAUCGAUUUAAGCGAAUUCUAUCUAUCCGUCGAAUGGGAUUUACUCGAAGUCCCUGCGGUCAGGAACGAAGAGUUCUAUUCCUGUUGCUCAGAAUCGUAUACAGACAUAACUUUCAACAUAAAGAUGCGACGCAAGACUUUGUUCUACACUGUUAAUCUGAUCAUUCCGUGCGUCGGACUGACAUUCAUGACGGUGUUGGUGUUCUAUUUGCCGUCAGACUCUGGCGAAAAGGUGACUCUGUGCAGUAACAUUCUAGUGUCGUUGACUGUGUUCUUCUUGCUGCUAGCCGAGAUCAUCCCCCCGACGUCUCUGGCCGUUCCACUCCUCGGCAAGUACUUGUUGUUUACCAUGGUUCUAGUGUCCAUGUCGAUCGGCAUGACCGUGGUCGUGUUAAACAUCCAUUUCCGGUCACCAUCAACCCACACCCUGUCGCCUUGGGUGAGAACCGUGUUUCUGCACAUGAUGCCACAGAUACUGAUGAUGCGCCGGCCGCCGUAUUCGCUGAUGACCAACGACGGAUUCCAAAGCUCACCUGGUUACUUCAACGAACUGGACUACAGUCGAGACAGCAUAAGCGAUAGCGGUGGAACCGAACAGAAACCUCCAUCUUUGACCCAGAGACACUGGUCCUUCAAAAAAAUUCAAUCUGUACAGCCUCACAAUUAUCCGGAGAAUGUAAUGCCAAAGACAAUGUCUCCAGAUCUACUCAAGGCUUUACAAGGGGUCUGUUAUAUUGCUCAACAUAUAAAAGACGCAGACAAAGAUAAAGAGGUGAUCGAGGACUGGAAGUACGUUUCGAUGGUGUUUGACCGGUUCUUCCUGUGGGUGUUCACUCUAGCCUGUAUAGUGGGCACAUGCGCCAUAAUAUUCCAGGCACCAUCGCUGUAUGACCAACGGCAACCCAUUGACUUCCAGCUGUCCAGCAUACCCCGCCGCCGGAGCAACCUGGCACUACCUCAUGAAAUCGACUUUUACGAGCGCACUUACGGUGCCAACUAGAGUAUCUAACAACUAUUAUAUUUUAUAGACAAUAUAUCCGUUGAAAUCCCGCCGCAGGCUCAUUUUAAUAUGUACAUAAUUAAAUAUAUAUAUACUUAUAUACCUACGUAGUCAUGUAGAUAACAAACACGCGUGUUUAUAUAGAUAUACCGAAUAAGCGAUAUAUAGUGAGAGGUGAAACCUCUAAAUAUUGGACACUAUAUCGGUCGCUAAAAUGUUGUCCGCUAAUCAGAGGGUUCAGUUCGUAGAAAGUUUGUACUUGGUUCCCAAGAAAACGCCCGCAAUUCGGAAGUGACCGCUAUUUAGAGGCGAUCGUUAUGUAACAUGAGAUAUGUCCGUCGCUUCUCAAACGCGUCCACUGCUGCAGUGGCGCAACUAUAUAAAAUAACUAAGGGAUGGAAAUAUUUAACCCCCCCCCACGCCAACGAGAAACCGAGACCCCCAAACGGUUUGGACUUUUCGAACCAUCCGUCGUGAUCACGAGAAAUAGAAUAAUAUUAUUGUGGACGGAAUACCACCACAUCUCAUUAUUGAUAUAAAAUAUAAUAUUUUCGCUUAUCUGGAAGGCUACAUAAUAAUAAUAAUAAUAAUAUAUCAUAUCCGUUAUAUUGUGCACACGACGUGUUAUCUAAACGCGUCUGUGCGCGUUUAACGAAACAUAAUAUUAAUGCGUGUGGAAAAAAUGGUACCUAUCUUUAAAUAGUUUUAGCGGCACGAUUAUAUAUUAUUUUGUUUAUUCUUUUCGCAUGUCCGCUGUACGCACGCAAAAUCGUCGCCAAUCAGACACACCGAAAAACCCCGUGUAUGGGGCACACGCGUGCGUACUGUGUGUCUGUGUGUUAUACGUCAAUAUACAAUAUUAUAAUAUAUAAUAUGAGCAACGAGCGGAAUCCGCAGCGUGCUGCAGAGUCUGCGCGUGUUGUGCCUGUAUGGAAGUCGUUUCGUCUUAGACGCAUAGCUAGGUACUGCCGAGACGUAGACCGCGAGGUGAUGUACCUAUGUAUAUAAUAUCUAUCUGUAUAACAGUAUAUGCAUACCGGGCGAACCAUAUUUUAACGCCAGUCGUUCAUUGUUUCCAAUAACGUUUUCGGAGAUAUUUUUUAAUUUUUUCAUAUCACUCGGAGUAUAAUUCGUUGAAAAGCAAAAUUUUUCAAGCAAUUUUUUUUUAUAUCGUUAUCAAUUUUCAAAUAAAUAUUGUUCCUGUUUUUUAGUGACAACAUGUAUUUUUAAUUCCGUAGUCCAAAGCAAAAUAUUUUUUGGAGUACUUAGAGAGGAAUUUGGAAAUCAAAUUUUGGAUGAGUAGCUUAUGAGUUACAAAUAGGUAUUUAAAGUUUUGGUGAGCGGUGUGGAGUGGUAAUUACUACAGACUAUUAUAGUGGUACUCUGGAAAAUGUUGGUCCAUUACUCCGUUCGUCUAUACUUUAAACACUUAUAGGUAUAUGACUAAUAAAAUACUUGUUCGAAAUUUGUUUUCAAUAGAUCGAAAUACUCCAAGAUUAUUCUGCUUCAGACUAUGAAAUUAAAAAUGUAUAUUAUUGUAAUUAUUCAAAAGCGCAGAAAACUUAAAAAAUGAAAACGAUAAAAAUUAGUAAAAUAAUUUAAUAAAUAUGUUGUUUUGUAACAACUUGUAAUGGCGUAAAAUAAAUAUUAACAAAAACGUUAGGGUUUUCUGAAAUUAUAUGAGUGUCUUAAGUUAAAUGAAUCACACCGUAUAUCUAUAAGUUAUAUAACUAAUGUGUUUUAAUUAUCUAAUUGGGAUAUUGCAAUUACGUGGGAAAAUAUAAGUAUAGGUACAACGAAUCCCGAUGAUUUUCUUCGGUGAACGAUGAAUAUUUGUGUAGGUAAUUGUGUAUAAUGACGUCUAUAUUCUUUUUAGGUAUACGACUAUAUACUAUCAAUAAAAAAGCUGAUCGUAUAAUAUUUUAUAGAAAUCAAUAACUUUUUUUUUUUUUAAUUGUGUUUAACUGUUUAAAUAACAUACCAAAACUACCAAAAUAUUGUAUACAUAUAUACGGACAGCGUUGCGACUUGCGAUAAUAUAAUACACGCAUGAAUACAUGAUCAUAAUUCAUAUUAUUAUGUUAUUCAAGUACAAAUAGUAUAAUCAAUAAAUGUUUCCGAUUGACGCAAUGAUGCAAUACUAUAAAAUAUACAUUUGAACAGGAAUCGCAAUAGUAUGUAUCAGCAGAGCUUGCAGCGUUAAGGAAUCUUAAAAACUUUAAUAAUAUCCCAAUUUGUUUUCUAAUCCAUUUUCCCAUUCAAUAGUUUUAAUUUUGUUCUUUUAAUAGUUGUAUGCUUCUUUGUACAAAUAACCAUUGGUGAACUGUUUCUCUAUAAUAUCCCAAGCAUCAAUCGCAGGGGCGAAUCUAAGGAGGGGUUCAGGAGGUCAGCUGACCCACAGUUAAUAUUUGCCGAUCAAAUUGGCCUCUUUUCAGAUCUUAGGUAGUUGCAGGGCACUUGGACCCUCGAAUAAACACACAUACAGUAUAAAUGAAUUUUUUAAUAUUACACAAGUAUAGAUUUCUAAUCUGGUUUUAAUAAGUGGCCCCUUGAAAAGUCCUGACCCACAGUUUCCUAACUCUGGAUCUUCCCCUGAAUUUCAACCGUAUAUAAGGGUGGCAUAUAUAUAUAGGUAUAUCUAUAAUAAUUUAUGUUUAACUACAGAUUUUCUGUUUCAACACAGUCCAACAUAGUUGAGCGUAAUGGAAAUAUAUUACUAGUACCUACUAGUUAAACGAUCUAUAUCAGCACUGAAAUGUAUAAUUAUUAACUAAUAUCAAAUUUGAUAACAAUGGAACACGAUGUAAAAUGGAAAUUGGAAUAAUGAUUUUUAAUUUUUUAGAGAUACAAUUUAUCUACGUUGAUAGUUGAAAAUGUAGAACAUAAAUGCAUACAUAUUUGCAGAUGUAUUAAUCUAUAUAUAAUAUAUUGUGUAGUUGGAUACAAAAGUUGAAAAAAUUAUAUAAUGAAAUUGUUUUGAACUUGGACUUACAUAAAUUUGUAAAUUUCACAAAUAUUUCAUUAAUUUUAGGUUCUGAUUAAAUUUGUAUUUAUAACGGCCUAUUUUAGUAUAGAACCGGCCAUAUUGGUUAUAAAACUGCCGCGAUGCCGCUUAGAGCAAGCUUUUAUUAUUAUUAUUAUUACCUAGAUCAACAUUCGAUUGAUAUUAUGCUUCCCUGGCAGUGGCGUGACGAACUUCAUUAACUUAUGAGGCACAAAUGCACAAUAAUUUAUAAAUACUUAUAUAAAUAAUUACAUAUAUACUUAAAUGGUAACUGAGAAUGAUUGGCUUAGUCUUGGUGUGUACUUAAUAAAUUAUUUACUAUAUGUGAAAUGCCCCUAGUCUCCAGGACACCCACCAAAUAAAGUUCUUCGUCACGCCACUGCUUCCCUGUAUAAUAUAAUAUGUUACAAUACUUUCCCCAAACGACAUAUUGUAUUGUUAAAAUUAUUUCGCAUCGAGAGGACCUUUUACUGCAGAUAAACCUCUCCUCCCCCAAGUUUCGACAUGGCCGUCUAUCGGUUAUACCAACAAUAAACAUUCAAAACGCUGCACAGAGCACGAAUUAUUCGCGAAUAAAUGUAGGUACCUAUACAUAAUAUGUCUUAACGAACGGUGGGAGAUCGUGUUUCGAGGUCAAAGAGCACUGCGCGUGUAUAUAUAUAUAUUUAUAUUUAUGAAUUAUGCUUAUUGCUUAUGUCUUUUUCGCAUUUGUGUAUAUGCGCUUUGCGUGCAUGCUGUAGUUAUAUAUUCAUACCUAUACUCGAAACGUGGGCGAUGGCUACAGAUUUUUUUAUCGUUAUCAUUUCUAAUUGACGGUCGAAAUGCUGUUGGACGAUACCUACCUAUAGCAUAAGAUGAUUAACUUGGUCGGCGGAAGGAAUUUUUAAAAAAUAAACAAACGCUUUUCGUUCAAAACCAAAGUCCGUGGGGCAGGGCAGUAUAUAAGAUGAUAUAAUACCGUAUUUUCCUAAUAUAAUUUUGUUUUAGCUCUGAAAUCUACAUCGAAACCGUCGGAGACGUGUGACAAUUCCCGUUGUAUAUAGGUACCAUAAUAUAAUAUUAUACGUUAUAAACUUAUUAUGACCUACCCCAAUUUUUGAAGUACAUAAUUAUUAUUAUUAUAACUAUUAUCUAACUAUGCAUGAACACAAUAUCGAUGAAUUAGUAUGUAUUAUCUACUCGGACGGCAACUUUCUAAAAGUAUACAAUGUGUAAUAUUGUAUACAUAUACCUAUUAUUAUAUUAUUAUAGGUAUACGUUAUUCCUAUUUUAAAAAGCGUUAUAUGCAUCAUCAUAUUAUAUUCAUAAACGAAACGUUUAAGUUUGCUCAAACAAUCUAUCGAAAGACUAUGUACAUUUAUUAUUAUUACCUAGGUAUACAUUAUUAUGCUCCGACGCGUAUACGUAAAUAUUAUAAUAGCAUAAUAUUUUAAAGAACAUUUACAUUAUUAUAAAGAGCGAUGGCUUACUACGCGUCACGUUUGUCAAUCGACCUUUUUGUGAAUUUUUGUAGAUUUUAUAUUGAUGAUAUCGUUAUUGCCAGAAUUUUCGAUUUCCUGGACUGUUUGAUACUUUGAUUUCGUUUCGUCGUGUCGAUUAUUGAAUAUUUUACUCACUCGGAUAAGUCUUAUAGAUUAAAGAUAUUUCGUGCGGCCGGCCGCCAAAACGUAGAAGAUAACCGUUUCGCCUGGUCACGUCUAAGAAAAGAAUAACAAACAUUUAAAAAAAAAUUUAAAUAAAUAAAUAGAAAUAACAAUCGUGGACAAAGUAGACAUUAUGAUGGACUUUAGCGUUAGUCUUCCGGUAUACCACGUGAUCCUAGUGGCAGAAACAAAUUGAGUUUCACGCCUGCGUAUUUCUAAUAGGUAUAUAGAUAAAUGGAUCCCCUGCUCAAUGUGCACAGAUUUCUGUAGAAUCGAUUGAAUAAUAUUGUAUAUUAGUCUUCGAAACUGUUUUCUUACAAUAUUAAAUAAUUUUAAAAAAACAUAGGUACACUUUUUUAUGUACACCCGAUGUCUUACUACAUAAUUUUAUCUAUAUGUGCGUCCUUUGUGUAAUAUUAUUCCAAUUUAUUAAAUAUAACCAAUUUAUUAGACUAUUUUUUAGAUUAAUUUUGUUGACCUAGUCCGAAAGUUUUCUAGCACAAAUUGUACUCAAAGAAUAGUAAUUCAUUCAAAUAUUUUUUUACAUUUCACCAAAAGUAAAAUAAUACUAAUUUUUAUAAAUAUUAUUGUUAAUUAUUUGUUAUAAUAUUUACUUGCAAAUAAACGAAUACCAAUUCAAUAAAAAGGAAUUUUGGUUAAGCAGUGUAGAAUAAUUGUUAAAAAUGAUCGUUCAAUGUUCUCGAUUCAAACCGGAACCGCGUAAGAAAUUCAAUUUAGUCAAUUGAUACAGCUAAAAUAAAUUGAACUUAUAAAUUAUGAUGCCUAUAUUAUAAAUUUGCGUGCAAGUUCGGGAUGGUAUUAAAAUAAUAUAUUAUAUUAUAAAGUUACUCAAUCGAUGUUGUAGUAUUUUAUGUGUGAAAUAUAAUACUUAAUAUUAAUGGUGAAUAUGGAAUAAUGUAUACAUGUUGUAUUUCCUGUAUAAUAUAAUGUAAUACUAUUAUAAUUACAGUCGUUUAAGAAUUUGAAUUAUAUUAUUUUAUUUUAACAUUUUCAAUGAAUUCAAAAAAUCCCAUUAUCUUCUACGGAGUACAAAAUAUUAACUAGGCAUUUAACUUGCUAAUUCCUUUUUUGGAUACAAUUAAUGUCUUUUAAAUGAUUUUCGAAAGAUAUUAGGUAUACUAAAUAGCUUAAUUAUUGUUAUUAUUAUAAAAAGUACUUUAACUUCAUAAUUGUAUACUUCUGAAGUUAUAACAUAAGUUACUAGUUUGUAAGGUUUGCUUAAGUGUUGUAGUAAAAUUUAAAAUUAUAUUUAAUUAUAUAAUAAUAUGUUGUAUCAAUGUAAAUAUAUUUUAAUAAACUGAACAUUAUUAUAUUAUA